AUGGAAGGAAGCCCGAGGAGAAUCGGCAGCGCCUCCGCCUCCUCUCCGGAGUUUGAGUUCUGGGCGGUAGCCGACCCGCCGCCGCCGCCGCUCCUCACUGCUGACGAGCUCUUCGCUGACGGGGUUCUCCUACCUCUCCACCACCUCUCCCUUCGCCCUCACCUCGACUCCGAAAUCGACGCCCCGCGUGGUCGUCCCAAAUCGAAGCCUGACCCAGAUCCGGCCUCCCCCCUUCCUCGGCCGCCUCCCACCGCCGAGCUCACGGCCUCCAUCUCCUGCUCCCCGACCACGGGGUCGAAGCGGUGGAAGGACAUUUUCCGCGUCGGGGAGAAGAAGCCGGCCGAGGAGAAGGAGCGGCGCAAAGAUCGGAAGGGCGGAGACGGGGGCGCCGUCGCCGAGCUUAACAUCAACAUCUGGCCCUUCUCGCGGAGUCGAUCCGCCGGGAGCGCCGUCCGGCCGCCGGCGUCGGCCUCCGGCCGCAGGGCAAGCAGCGCCCCUUGCUCGAGGAGCAACUCCCGGGGGGAGUCGUCGAAGCACCACAACGCCUCAGCGGCGCCGGGCGGAAGGAGGUGGGCCGCGAGCCCGGGCCGGCCCGGAGGCGUCCUGGUGGGCCGGGCCAGCCCGGUUUGGCAGAUCCGGCGGCCCGAGCAAAGGGAGAGAGAUAAGAUCACCGCCAGUGGCCGCAAAGCGAACGCCGGCGCCGGGGCACGGAUGCUGAACACGGGCAUCGGGUACCGCGGUGGGCAACGGAACUGCGGGGGUGACGAUAAGAAUGGGGUGACCGCGCGUGAGCGAACCGGCAGAGGCCUUUUUAGCCUCAUGGCUCUCUUCUCCAAGAAGGUGCACUAA